GCGGGGCGCGGGAAGGCGAUUGGGCUUCCUCUUCGCAGGCCCCUUGUCUUGCUCCAGAACAAGGGAGACCAUGGAUGAAUUUUCUGAUCCCGACCUGGCUGUUCUGGGUGAGGAGUCCAAAUCGGAGAACGGAGAAAAUGCCCCCGUCUACUGCAUCUGCCGCAAACCUGAUAUCAACUGUUUCAUGAUAGGCUGCGAUCACUGCAAUGAAUGGUUCCAUGGCCACUGCAUUAACAUUACUGAGAAGAUGGCAAAGGCCAUACGGGAAUGGUACUGCAUGCAGUGUCGAGAGAGAGACCCAGCCCUUGAGAUCCGGUACAGGCACAAAAAGUCCAAGGAGAAGGAUCGUGAGGGUGAACGGGAACGUGCCGAGAAGGACGAGCUGCGUGCGAAGGCCCAAGAACUGGCAUUAGAGCAGAGUCGCAGCUCCAAACAGCAGAUCAAGCGCUCAGCGCGCAUGUGCGGUGAAUGCGAGGCCUGCAGGCGCACAGAGGAUUGUGGACAGUGUGAUUUCUGCCGUGACAUGAAGAAAUUUGGGGGCCCCAACAAAAUCCGCCAGAAGUGCCGGCUGAGGCAAUGCCAGGUUCGGGCUCGGGAGUCCUAUAAAUAUUUUCCAGCUUCGAUGUUACGGGGGCGGGAGGAUGAUCUGCAGAUGCUAAAGGAACAGCUAGAAUCGGCUGCCACACCUGAACCUCUGUCGGAUGACGAUCUGCACAUAGAUCCCGAUUUGUAUCAGGAGCUUUGCUCAGGGGCCUUCGAUGACCAGAACCUGCCUUGGCUCAGUGACACUGACGAUGCGCCCUUCCUUGAUCCUGUGUUGCGGAAACGUGCUGUGAAAGUGAAGCAUGUCAAGCGGAGGGAGAAGAAGUCUGAGAAGAAGAAGGAAGAGAAAUACAAACGUCACAAGCAGAAGCAAAAGCAUCGCGACCGGUCAAAGCAUGCUGAGCGGGUGGACACCAAAGACCCAUCGUCACUCCACCAAUGCCUUGGCCCUGGCUGCAUCCAGGCUGCUCGGACCAACUCCAAGUACUGCUCGGAUGAAUGUGGCAUGAAGCUGGCGGCAAACCGCAUAUAUGAGAUCCUCCCGCAGCGCAUCCAGCAGUGGCAGCAAAGUCCAUGUGUGGCGGAAGAGCAUGGCAAGAAGCUACUAGAGCGGAUACGGCGGGAGCAGCAGCAGGCCCGGCUCAAGUUACAGGAGAUGGAGCGCAAAUUCCAUGAAUUGGAAGCUGUCAUUGUCCGGGCCAAGCAGCAAGCCAUCAAAGAAGACGAAGAGACCAGUGAAGGAGACAGUGAUGACACAGACUUGCAGAUAUUCUGUGUCUCCUGCGGCCACCCCAUCAACCCCAAGGUGGCACUGCGGCACAUGGAGCGGUGCUAUGCCAAGUACGAGAGCCAGACAUCCUUUGGGUCUAUGUAUCCAACACGUAUUGAAGGGGCAACUCGCCUUUUCUGUGAUGUCUACAACCCACAAAGCAAGACCUACUGCAAGCGCUUGCAGGUCUUGUGCCCAGAGCAUUCCCGUGACCCCAAGGUGUCAGCGGAUGAGGUGUGUGGUUGUCCCAUGGUAAAAGACGUGUUUGAGCUCACAGGGGAAUUCUGCCGCGUGCCCAAGCGCAAAUGCAACCGCCACUACUGCUGGGAGAAACUGCGACGGGCAGAGGUGGACCUGGAGCGAGUGCGCGUGUGGUAUAAGCUGGACGAGCUGUUUGAGCAGGAGCGGAAUGUCCGCAUGGCUAUGACCAACCGCGCUGGACUGCUCGCUCUCAUGCUGCACCAGACGAUCCAGCACGAUCCCCUGACCACAGAUCUGCGCACAGCCACCAACCACUGAGCUGGUGUUUUCCUUCCUGACCAGACCUUCAUUAUUCAGUGCCAAUUGAACCAGAAUCUUUUUUUAUUUUCAUAAGCUCUCUCAUUUUUUUUAAAAAAAUUUAAUUAAAAUGGUCUGGUGUUUUGGCUCUGAGCCCCUCCUUCUUUAUCUUGUAGAAUCUAGCAGUCUUUGACCUCACCCCUGUGCCAGUGGCCUUUAGCCUUGCCUGUAUAUAGCCUUUUAAAAGAAAUAUUCAUACGGUUUUAAGUGUGGAACCCCCCCCCCCAAAAAAAAGGAAAUGAAAAGUGUUUUGCUACUACCGGCUUAGGCUAGCCCCAUCUUCUCUAAGCAGGAUUUCAAUUAGAUGUGAUGCUGUAUUGCAGGAAAGACAUUUCUAGGCAUUAAGUGGCCACCCCCUUUCCAUGUAGUUGCUGUUGGCUAACAAACAUUGAAAGGCUAUUGAAUCAGGGCAAGGAAGGCAGCCAUGCACAAACAAACUGUUUUAUUGUGCUGCUGCUUGGAGGCAUAAGAGAGUCUAAUAAAAGGUACAUUCAA